GAUUCAACAAGAUUGUUCAAUGCAUCAUGAUCAGUUCUGAUCGGUUCUGAACAUUUCUUUGAAGGAACUUUACAGCUGGUCCAUGAGCAUUCUAUGGGUCUUCAACUCCUAUUUUGGUAUAUUUUUCUUCUGGAACACAUCUUGGAGAUUGAAGCAGAUUCAAAACAGCGUCGAUCUGCAUGUACUGAAGCCUGACCACUCAACUUGUCAAGUCCUCUGACUUUCAAUUGUAGCAGAUCAACGAGGUUGUCAGUGUUUUGUAAAACUGUUCUUGUCUGGUUUUCUUUUGGAUUGCUGGAGACUCAACGAGAUUCAACCCUCUUUAGAAGUUACCAAACAAGGUGUCUACAAGCACACUUUAUAAUCACUUGAGAAACUGUCACUGUUAAGAGCUUGACAACACAGGAUCAAAGCUGUUAGAAUGAGCCGUGUAUUUUCUGCGGGUGUUUUCUUGAGGACUAUCAGCAAGUCUGUGUGCUUGGAGAGUUCUACUGUUUUUAUUAUUCAGUCAGAGAGUAUAACACUUAUAGUCAUGCUGAAGUUUGCUAAAACAAGCAAAGCAAAGGGAGUAGAUUCUUUACAAGUGGUGAGGAAGCUUAAGCUGCAGAAUGGAUCUCACCAGCAUGCCACGCCGAAGUCCCCAUCCCAGGAAUCCAAAAGUACGGCCACCAGCUCCGGGGCAUCCUCCUCAGCUGCUAGCCCCACUCACAUCAUUGAGACCCACCCCGUCACAGCGAACACUGUGGCCAAAAUGAAGAAGAAACUAGCCCCACCGAGAACCAUAGAAGAAUCGUCACCGUUUGACAAACUCACCGAUAAAGUCAUCACAAAUAUAUUCUCGUACUUGACAGCGAAGCGUUUGUGUCGUUGCUCUCAAGUGUGUAAGCGCUGGCAGCGGCUAGCCUGGCAGCCUUGUUUAUGGACUUCAAUUGUGUUGUCCAAGAGACAGAAGGACGUUGAUUACGCUUUGAAAUGCCUGAUCAGAAGACUGUGUCUUGAGACACCGUACGUUUGUCUCUCGGUCGUGAGGAUUAUGUUGAACGGUUGUGAGCAACUGACUGACAGGGGAUUGGGUAUGAUUGCUAGACAUUGCCAAGAUUUGAUGCAUAUUGAGUUGGCAGGUUGCAGCAAUGUCACCAAUGAGGGAAUGUUUGAAUUGGUGUCGAGAUGUCCGAGUUUGGAUUACAUGGAUCUCUCAGGAUGCCAGCAAGUUAACUUCAUGAACUUUCCAUCAGACUACAAUGCCUUAAGAGCAAGUGCCCUGCAGGGUCAGACAAUUCUCCUUAGACAUUUAGACCUGACAGACUGCGGAUCGUUAGAUGAUAACGGACUCCGGAUCAUAGCCACAAACUGUCCUGGCCUUCUGAAUCUCUACCUUCGACGAUGCUAUCAGGUGACUGAUAUUGGCGUGCAAUAUCUCUCAGCUCAUUGCUUUAUGAUCAAGGAGCUUUCCCUCAGUGAUUGUUACAGGGUGACCGACUGCGGAGUCCGGGAAGUUGCAAAACUCGAAUCACACUUGAGGUAUCUGAGCAUAGCAAAGUGUGAACUCGUUACCGAUAUCGGAGUGUACGUCAUCGCGAAGUUGUGCUUUAAACUACGGUAUCUCAACGUGCGAGGAUGCGCGCACGUCACUGAUAAAUCCAUGGAUGUGUUGGCGCGAGGGUGUCCAAGAUUGCGGUCCUUAGAUGUUGGAAAGUGUCCCGCCAUAACGGAUAGAGGAGUGGCUAGCAUCGCGAUGAAUUGCUCAGGCUUGAGGAAGUUGAGUCUGAGAGACUGUGUAAAUAUCACUGACGAGACCAUGCAAUGCCUGUCACAGUACUGCCCUGAGCUGCAGCAAUUGAACAUCCAAGAAUGUGAGGAACUUACUCUGCGAUCAUAUAAAAUGCUCAAGAAAUACUGCAGAAAGUGCAUCAUUGAGCACACAAAUCCUGCAUUCUACUAGGGAAGUAUUCCAUUUUAUUCCUGACAGACACACCAAAGAAACAGUAAUUCAAACCGUUUGUUAUCUAUCUCAUGUUUAAAGUAAGGAACAGCAUUGGUAGAUUGCAUUCAUUAAUUAUCUAUUUUUCAAUGAACAUAUUUACCCAAUUCACCUGACGUCAUCAUCACUAUAAUCUUGGAUGCUCCAUUUGGUGGCCAAUGUCACUGUGCAUUAUUCAGUGAAGUGAGCAUGUUAGGAGACGCAGCAGUUAAACGUAAACCUAUUGCCCACCCAAAUGGUGAGCGUGGCACAGUCGCUGCUUGUGACGUGCGUGCAAGGGGUCAAUAGGAUGCAGACCAGGAAACUAACUUGGAAAAACUUUGUAAGUGGUUCCUAAGUUUUGAGAAAAUGGUGUUUUAAAAGCGUUUCCAUUUAGUUGUAGGCAGCUUGGUAUCAUCCAUGGCUCCUGGGCCCAAUUUCAUGGCUCUGCUUACCGCCGAAUUCUGCGCUUACGAUCACGAUUCCCCGCUUACUUGCAAGCGCCGAAUUUCUGCACAAGCCUUGUAAGUGUAGAAUGCCUAGUAACGAGGAGUACGCACGACAGACGAUAAAAUUCGUCUCUAACCCGUGAAAUAGGCUUGCCGUAAGCACAGAAUUCCCUGCUUCUGUAAGCGCCGAUUCUGUGCAGAGUCAUGAAAUUGGGCCCAGAUCAUGGUUCAUUCUAAGUGAAUCUUUUUUAAUAUAUAGUAUAUGACACAGAUAUUUUCAUAUCAUCAUACAUUUGAACUUGUCAAUCUUUAAUUGCCCAUUGUAAGUUGCAUCAUCAUGCAACUUGCUCUCUAAUCCUACCCUUUCAUGUUUCCCUGCAUUUGUAUACAAACAAUGCAUGUACCACUUUUAUGGUACAGUAAGCCAUCCUUUCAUCUACCACUUAACUCCUAUUGGUCCAUAGCCACCAAUUGUUUCUGAAAUAGAAACAUUGCUGGCUCUAGUUUCCCCCCUUUUUUCUGUAUCCUUCCCUUAAUUCCUUUCCCCUUUUUUUCCUAUAAAUGGAUAUUUGUUUAUACUUGUUUAUGCCUCUGAAGAAGGUCCGAUUUGGAUCGAAAGCUAAGGCCAUCCACCCUACUCAUAAUAUAUGAGACAAAGAUGUUAGACCAUCUCUAAGAAAUGCAGAGAGCAGAAACCCAGAGCUUCCAUUUUGUACACAUGAUUGUUACACCAAUAAGAUGAUUAAUUCCUCAUUGGUUCUUGCAAGGUUUUCCAAAAUUUCUGUCAUCUGAAACAGGAUUUUGCUAGAUUAUUUUAUUGUAUUUGGUCCUCUCAUGUUUGCUGAAAAUUUACACAGCAAUGAGUAGGCCUACGUCUACGUCCAGAACUUGUACAAAAAAUAAAUUUGCCAAAUAAUUAUUUUGUAUGCACUAUAUUAUCCGCAAGGAUAGGAUAAAGACAGGUAAUUGUGUAUGUGUACACAUGUACAUUGGAUUUAACUGGGAAUCUUUAGAACAAUGAUUAAAGGUAAUGUAAAAUGGUGGGAGGUCAAAGGUGAUUAUGGAUGUAGGCCUAAACUGCAGAUCUCUGGCGUAACUCACGCCAAAUUUGUGACGUCAAAUGUUCAGGCUAGGUUGACUGCAGAAAAAUAUAAAGCCAUAACCUCACUAUGUGACUGUUAUUUGCGCUCAGACAAAACAUCAGUUAUUGAAUAGAACAAGGUAAUAACAAUUGCCUCAGUAGCAGAAAUACCCCCUAAUGUCUCCCAUAGCAACCAUCUCUCAUCAUUUAUGGAGCAUCAAAUCCUGUUUUCAAAUGGCAUAAAAACUGUCUUCCAUUUGUAGUAAGAUAUUGACAGAGAAGUGCUUGAAGUAACUGUGCCAAUUAUUAUUAUAGUUUAAGAUUAUUAUUAUAUCUGUCAAGUAUCUAGGGAGAACAAUUCCUUGGUCUAUAAGGAUUACUUUUUAAACAAAACAUACUUGUAGACAAUUAUGUGACUGUUAAAAUUCAUGUAUUUCUGAAACAACACCCAUUUUAUAUUUGUAGUAUACAAACUUGUUGGUAGGCAACUGAUUAUAUUAUUGCCCUGGAUAAAAUUGGAAAACAGAUAUUGCCCUGAGUAAACCUGAUAAUGCCCUCGGUGAAUGUCACAUUGUCUGAGAGUGAACUGCAUAAUGCCCCGCUAGUCCAUUAGUUUCAUCACACAGCCACUUGAUGUCAUCCUGGCCAUUCAUAGACUUGUAGACAAGUCGUUAAAUGUCUGUCGCAGUGAUAGCGGUCUGACUCUCUCUCUAUGCACGAUUCCAGCUCUCCCCGCAAUUCAAGCGGUAUUCUCGCACAACUGCUGGCCCCGUGAGACUACUGCUCUCACUACGGUCCCUGUUAAUGGGGGGUAGAAGUUGGCAACCAGCAGUUUGCGCGAGUGCAGUAGUCUCGCAAGAGCAGUAUUUGAUGGCGGA